AUAACAAACUUAGCGGAUGGCCACUCAAGAAACUUCCUUUUGGUCCAAUGCAAAAUAAACAAAUAAUUCAAAUAAAUAAAUAAAUAAUAAAAUCAAAUAAAAAUAAAAACAGUGAGUGAGAAUAAAUCAUAAAUCAUAAUAAUAGAUCUAUCUAUCUUCUUCUUCAUUCUCUGCUUCAUUCAUCAAUCAUCUGAUUUCCGCGAAAAACAAAAAUGGCUGGUUUCAGCGGCGAUGAAACUGCACCUUUCUUCGGCUUCCUCGGCGCCGCCGCUGCUUUAAUUUUCUCAUGUAUGGGAGCGGCAUAUGGAACAGCGAAGAGUGGUGUUGGUGUUGCAUCUAUGGGUGUGAUGAGACCUGAACUUGUUAUGAAAUCGAUUGUUCCUGUUGUUAUGGCUGGUGUUUUGGGUAUUUAUGGUUUGAUUAUUGCGGUUAUUAUUAGUACUGGGAUUAAUCCUAAGGCUAAAUCUUAUUAUCUUUUUGAUGGUUAUGCUCAUCUUUCUUCUGGUCUUUCUUGUGGUCUUGCUGGUUUAUCUGCUGGUAUGGCUAUUGGGAUUGUUGGUGAUGCUGGUGUUAGAGCAAAUGCCCAACAGCCAAAGCUUUUCGUUGGAAUGAUUCUCAUUCUCAUCUUUGCUGAGGCAUUGGCGUUGUAUGGUCUCAUUGUUGGCAUCAUCCUUUCUUCCCGUGCUGGCCAAUCCAGAGCUGAGUAAUUUAGAUUUUAUUGUUGGUUGUAGUGCACAGAGCCGCAGAUUCAUGGAUUGUGAACUUUAUCAGACACUUGGGCAUGGUAACGGUAGAGAUUUGUCAUGCUCUUUCGUUUUAUGACUCUUAUCUACUCGUUAUUAAAUCGAGGUUAUCGUGGAAUAAAGCCUAUCAAACUAUUUCCUUGGCAUUACCGUACUUAAUUAUGUUGAGUCAAACUAGAUUAAAUAUCGCUGAAAUAAACUUUUUGUAUGUGUUGAUUUCAAUAAUAUUUAGUUAUUGCCUUCUAUCAUUGUCUUUCUGUUUGUGUUUAUGAUUGUAUUGAGAUGUAGUAUGGUUAUUUUGUAUCAGUUCUGUACAUCAUUGAUCAUUUUCAGAAGCAAGUGUGACUAGUAAUUUGUGUAGGUCAUGAUUUAUGAAUAGUGCUGUAAAUGAAUCACGCAGUUUGUGUUUUCCGUGGAAUAAAAGGUCCGUUUGGUAGUUGGUACAGUUAA